AUGAGUGCUGGACGGCCACCGGAAUUUGCCGAUGCAGAAGGUACGUGGCCUACGUAUCGCGUUCGCCUGGAGGCGUACUUUGAGGCUCAUAGCAUCGUGGACCCAACGAAGAAGCGAGCGCUGCUCAUCGCUUCGCUCACGGACAGUGCUGUGCGUGUGGUGCAGGGCCGGUGUCAACCAAAAAAGGUGAAUGAACUGAGCUAUGAGGAAGUCGUCGGGUAUCUGGAAGAUCACUAUGCUCCAGAGGUCAACGAGAUCGCUGCAAGUUAUGCUUUCUUCAUGCGUUCGCAACAAGACGGGGAAGCUGCUCAGGACUUCAUUGCGGACAUUCGACGCCUAGCUGAGAAGUGUAACUUCGGCACGUCAUGGGAGCGCAUGUUGAGGGAUCGAAUCGUUUGCGGAGUGCUGGAUGAAGACGUUCGGCGCCAUUUACUGACGCGACGGAAGCUCACCUUAGAAGAGGCUGAAGACUUUGCUGUCUCGGCACAGAGAGCUGUUGAAAAUGCCAGGAGCAUGAACUCGGCGCACUCAGAAGUACAUUUUGCCCGACAAAAGAGCCAUUCCUCGAAGCGACGUCCCAAGCCGGAACAACGCGACGUGUGUGGAAGGUGUGGAGAAUCGCAUGCUGAGGACGAGUGCAAACACUUUCGCGCGGUGUGCCACCGGUGUGGAAAACGAGGACAUCUACGUCGGAUGUGCCUGUCUAGCACAAAUAGUGACCGUCGGCAGGGAUCUUAUCCAGCAAGACAACGGCGCCAGGGUUCGUACGCCAUGGCAGCCGGAGAGGACACAAGCUCGGACGACAACGACGCCUUGCACACGAUUACAGCGGUUCUCCAUCACGCAGCCAGUAUCCGCAAGGUUAGGCCUAUUUACAAGGACAUCAGUUGGAAUAACGUUCCGCUCACUAUGUUGGUGGACACGGGGUCACCUGUAAGCGUCAUUCCCGUAACGGUGUUCCGCAAGUACAAGCAGCUCUGGCCUCCGUUGGAGAGUUCACAGCUCAAGCUCUCUUGUCUCUUGGGAGAACUUCCAGUUGUCGGCCAGCUUAGCAUGACCGCUACGUGCGACGGGAAAGAUAUUCCUGGUACUGUCAUAGUGGUCGACAGCUCCGGACCAUCUUUGUGCGGCAGAGACACCAUCAAGGCAUUUAAUGAAGUUGGAGUGGCAAUGUUGUCGAAUGUGGUAGCGAAUCUGCAACCGGUUGGAAUACAGGCUGUCAGCACAGGUCUGCAACAGCUGCUUGACGAAUAUGCCGACGUGUUUGCUCCGGGACUCGGCCUGUGCAAAGGACCACCGGUCACAUUUCAAUUGAAAGAAAACGCGUGUCCACGGUUCUUUAAGGCCCGUACUGUACCCUACGCUCUCAGAGAUGUCUGA